AUGCAACAAAAAUAUGCCACACUUCCAUUAGGAUUAAUAAUAAGAAAAAGCAUAACAUUUAUUUUCAUAGAAUUACUGGCAUUUCCUGGAUCAGAUAAUUUUUCUAUGCAUGUACUGGAUUCUUUGAUUCAUUUUUUUUGCUUGCACUAUUACACAAGGGUUUUUGUUCAUGUGAACUGUUCAAGACAUUUUACAAAAUGGUUGACAAAGUUUUUCUGUCAUGUACAGGGUUGCACGCAUGUUACAUCAUCAUUCCAAGAUUAUUUUGUGGACCGAGGGAAGGUUAUUUUUUCACUUGUCCAGGCUGUUGAUGUCUACCUACUGGGGACUGUGAUGCUGGUUUUUGGCAUGGGUCUUUAUGAGCUCUUCAUUAGCAAUCUUGAUAAAGCGAAAUUGAUUUCAGAGGGACCAGAAACACAGAGAUCAAAUUUGUUUGGAUUAUUCACUCUAAAGGAACGACCAAGGUGGUUGGAAAUAAAAACUGUCAACGAGCUGAAAACUAAACUUGGCCACGUUAUAGUGAUGCUGCUUCUUAUUGGUUUGUUUGAAAAGAGCAAGAAAGCAGUUAUACAGUCCCCUCUAGAUCUGCUUUGUUUCUCUGCGUCGGUGUUACUUUCCUCGGGCUGCCUGUUUCUACUCUCAAAACUCAACGAAGGAAGAUAAAUCUUUUGCAUGAAGCUUUGGUAGUACCUUGCGCAUUGGCUAUUCCUAACAAUGGACGAGAUAUCAGUUAGCACUGGACAACACUGUACAUCAUGAUGGCUUGUAUAUUAGUAUAUAUUUGUGCUGAUUUUAGUAUAUCUCAGCUGAUCAAAUUAUAUCAGAGUUAAUCGGUCUUUCAUUUACUCCACGAAACUCUAUGGCAUGUUGGAUAUGCUAUAUUAAGCAAUAUUGGCACUAAGCGAUUAAAAUUUUGUUCACUAUAUUGUACACUAUUAUCCAAUACCAGCAUAUUUUCAGUGGGUAGUUUGUAUUUUCUGAA